AUAAAGAGUUAAAGACUCUAGCCCCGAACCGCUUCGCUUUUGUGCUCAACUUCUCUCCGAAGAAACAAACACCUUCUGUGUCAAAAUUCAAAGGAAAGAAAGAAAAGAACCACAACACACUGUUGACUCCUCUUCACUCCGGAAGCUGAAAGCUGAAACGUAGUGUCCCAAACGUUAGAAUCAUAAACCGACAAUGGCUACGGAUAAGUCGGUGAUGGCGGUCAUAAGGGCUGCGAGGCCUUCCUUUCGAAACGACCACGACAAAGCAGCGUUUGUCGUUCACGCCACCUUCCUCUCUUCCGGCUACCUCCUCACCGCCACCGGCCCCCAAGCCCUCUCCGACGACGCCCUCUCGCAUCCCUCCACCGAGGAGGUGUCUGUAGAGAACUGGAACCAACUAGACCAAGAAUAUGCUUUUGUUUAUGUCAAUCCAGAAAAGGUUUCAAAUAAAGUGCUGGUAAAGUGCCUCGUUAUGAAUGAGAAGUUACUCAUUGAUGCCUUGAAGGAAGGGACUUCUGACCCUGCACACCUUGAGAUUUGUGUUAGGGAUUAUACUAUAGCAAAUGAAAGCAGCAAUUAUUCUGAGCAGUUCAAGAAUUUGGAGCAGCUGGUGAGAAGACUAAAUCAGGAUAUCUUAGCCAAAUUAGAUAGCUCCUCCACUUCCAGUUCAGCAAGUAAUCCUCCACGAUCUGGAUCAAGAGAAGCAAGGCAAGAGAUACACGAGCCUCCUGUUGGAUUUGGUGGACAUGGUGGUGCUCCAAUUCAUCCCUCUGGAGUUAUAUAUCCUCCCGUUAAUCCAGUUGGUGAUAGUGAUCUCUUUCCUGGGCCUCCUGCUGGAGUGUACCCUACAUGGGGUGAUCCGGGCACUGGUGGCAGUAUGCUUGUAGGACCUAAUGAUCCCCGUUGGUUUGGUGGAGAAUCCCCUUUCCCCGGAGGACAACCGGGAGUCCCUCCUGGUGUUCCGCUGGGUGCACGGUUUGAUCCCUUUGGCCCACCUGAUGUUCCUGGCUUUGAACCCAACAGGUUUCAGAGGUAUGGUUUGUUAUUUAUUAUACGUCAUUUUGCAGCUAUUUAUUUAUUAGAAUUUAAUUUCGAUGCAUUGUCAGCGUAAAAUAAUUUUACAUGUGCAUCUAAUUAUAUAAAGCUAUAGCAAAAAUAACUACUUUUUAUAUUGGCCACAUAAAUAGUCAUCUAAAAGAACGGAUGUGAUUGCACCACUAUGUAAACUAGAUUAAAAGUUAAGAUGUGUUUCCCUAUCAUGUCUUGCUGGCUUUUGAUGAAGAACUGAACAUAUUUGGUGAAAAAGGAUUAUUGUUAUUACGUGGAAUGUUGAAAACUUCAGUUGUAUUAUUACUUUUCAUAUUUUUAUCGAUGAAAAGUUACCUAAGAUCAUGUUCCUCGCAAGGCUAAAAGUUAUGCCUUUAAGGCUUUAACAAAGCAGCUGUUAGGGAUAGUUAAAUAUGACAUCAACUACAAAAUCAAUAUAUCAUGUGUGUGUGUGAAACACACAGACUGAAUUAAAAUUUUCUUAUUUCUCUUAUUCUUUUUCAAGAGGCCACCGAGGCAAGGUAAUAAUGUUCAUCCAGAUUUGGAACAUUUUCGGAGGGAUGGGGAUUUUAUAUAGUUACCGAAGAUCACGCUGUACAGAGAAAUGUUUAGUCAUCUUUGGAACAUCCA